AUGUUGUCCAGCAUUGGACGAGCUGCCCUUCAAAGGGGAGGAGCUGGUGCACGUUAUGUAUCAACAAACCGAGCGGCUUUCAGCAUUUGGAGUCUUCAGCGCGUCAAUGCCUCGAGAGGCGCAAACGGAAGCAACACGAAGUCUCAACUUGCCAUCUCAAUUCCACGUUUCUAUACUACAGCUACAAAAACUGUUACGAAGCCUAAGACAACGGUCACGAAGACGACCAAGACAACCAAAACCAAGCCGAAAACCACAGCUAAGAAACCCGUAAGGAAGCCCAAGAAGGCUGCGAAGCCCAAGGCGAAGAAACCCAAGGCGAAGAAACCCAAGAAGCCAACCAAGAAGGUCCUCACCGAAGACCAGCAGCUUAGGGUAGACGUGAGGAGCUUGAAGGAAAGGGCACUCUCCCCGCCAACCGGGGGAGCAAACACCGCAUGGAGCAUUGUGUUCCAGCAGGAGAUCAAGCAAGCUGGUGGUGGUCCUGGCCCCAGUGGAGUAGCAAAUUCUGCAAAGACUGCCGCUGCCAAGUAUAAAGCACUUUCCCCACAAGAGAAAGAGUCGUUGAACCAGAAAGCCAAUGAGAACAAGGCUCUUACCGAUAUCGCUUUCAAGAAAUGGGUCGAAACACAUACGCCUGAGCAGAUCAGAGAUGCAAACAAUGCCCGUAGCGCGCUGAAGCGAAAGCUGGGCAAGCACCAUGCGUACCCUCCCAUAACCGAUCCCCGUCUGCCAAAACGUGCAGCUUCUGCCUAUCUAUUCUUCGUAAAGGAUAGAUUCACAUCUGGCGAUUUCAAGGGCAUUAGCAUUGUCGAAGCCACGAGGCUGAUUGCAGCUGAGUGGAAGGCUCUUGCGGCCGGCGAACGAAAGCCAUUCGAGGCCCGUUCUGAAGCGGAUAAGCAGCGCUACUACCAAGAGUUUAAGACUGUUUACCAUCAAGAUUCCGCGGGAGCUGCGAAAAGCACCGCUUAG